CAGUGCACGUUCGUCGGUAGGGCUUCGCUAACGUUAGCUAGUCAGAAAUGGUACGCAGACGAGUCCAUCAAUCAAGGUCUUCACUAAAUGGCAGCUUUAAUGGAACGACUGUCUUUCCUGCAGAAAGUGCCGACACUUAUGAAGGCAACAGCAGAUGACGAAACGCCCUGCCCAGGAUACCUCUUUGAAGACAUCAGCAAAAUUUCGCAUGAGUCGGUGGGAUGUUCUCAGUGUCUUCUUGAAUAUCUCUUGCAGCGUUUGCAAGGAGAGUCAUGUAAUGUGAAACUAAAGGUUCUGAAGAUCCUCCUGCACUUGUGUGGCCAUGGCCCCCCUCACUUUCUCACAGAACUGAGACGAAAUGCAACAUUUAUUCAGGAAGCAACUGUGUACAGUGGUCCCCCAGACCCCAUUCAUGGCAAUGCACCCUUUCAAAAAGUCCGGGUCUCUGCACAGGAACUGGCCAGCGUGCUUUUUUGUGAUACUAUGUCCACAGACUCUGGACUCUCUCCAUGCAAAGCAGCACCUUCAGCCAUGGGAAUGGGAUCAGAGUUUCCCAGAUCAGGGAUGCAGGGAUUUGGAAAUAGUCCUGGGAAGCAAUCAUCCAGUAAACUGACUCUUUUAGAUAAGAUCCAGAAGGCUGCAGAGGUCGUGGCCAGUGCUGUCCUGCCCCCCACAGAGCACCCUGGUAUUCGUCUCCAUGAAAAUCACUAUCGGGCUGUGGUAGCACCCUAUGCUGCUGUGGAGGUAGCAAUGCCAGCAUGUGCUUUUAGCAUCCCCCCUCCCUGCAACCGUAAAGCUUCUCAUAGAUGUCCAGGGCAGGCUGGUGGAGGCUGGGAGGAGACGGGCAGUGACCACAGCUCCUCUCACAACUCCUCCCUGGAGAACGAGCCGCUCAGCCAGACCUCCGUGGGAGGGGGCAGCAAGUCGGGAGCAAGUCGAGAGGGUGGAGACCUGUCGGAGAGGGUGGAGGCCAUACAAUUGGGAGACUGUGGCCAGGAGAUGGCCCUGAUCAGCAGUCUGACAAAUGGCUCUAAAAUCUUUCUAUCCAGAGAUGAGAGCCAGCAUUUCAUCAAACAGUGCUGUACUUUAAACUGUGAGGUUGUGGUAGAGCUUCUCUCUCAUAAGCUGAAGGACCCCACACAGACUGUCCAAAUGAGGGCACUGUCUGGCCUGGCAUGCCUGAUGUCCACAGAUCUUCUCUCUCUGGACCAAAUCUUUAGUGUCACACACAAGCAUCUAGCCCAGCUGAGUGAAGGAGCAGCAUUACCUGUAGCGAACAAGGCAACCAAGCUUCUUAGGCAGUUUGAAGCUCUGUUGGGUGGUUCCACACCAGAGGCCAAGCAUGAUGUUUCAGUCUGUCCAGAGUCAUCCUCACUCUCAGAGCGGCACUUAAAUCCCAUCCUCACCAGUCCCCUUCUCCCAACACCACUGGAUACCAUAGCUCCAUCUAACACUGCUGCAGAGCCAUCUCCAUCCAUAGCAUGCCUGCAGGAUCAGUCUGCUGGGCAUGACCCAGAGUGGGAGGAGGUCGAUACUGAGGCUGGAGGUGCUGCUUGUGGAGCAAGAUUACAGGGAAAAACAGAGGACCAGGAGACUUCUUUGAGGGAUAGGACCAGACCAGCAGACCCAUGCGAGGCUCCUGAGCCUCCAAGAUUCCAUCUCGCAUUGACACUGUUCAGUGGCAUGGAACUGGUAAAUAGAGGGAAACCUGUGUGUCUCGUUGAACCUGUUCCAGUGGAACCAGAUGACCAGGCAGGGGUGGAAGCAUUUACAGAAAAUGACUUGGCUAUAGAGAAGAGCUCCGAAAGAAAUGCAGAUCACUCUUUAUCUACUAGCAGUGAACAAAUGUCUGCCUUUUCCUUCCUUAACCUCUGACUGACUUAGCAUUUGAUGUGUGAAUGCCUUCUGAAUUAAGACCCAUAUAUAGGAAUGACUUGAGCUAAUGGAAGUAUUUAAAUUGCUAACAUCUCCAUCCUCUGAAACCCAGUUUACAGUGGCAGUAUUGGUGGGGAAAGUAAUUUGUUAGAAUAGGGAUGGAAAAAGCUUGCAGUCACUUCCAAGAGGCAAACCAUGGCAUAAUGCAUGAAGGUGCAAAAACAGUUAAUGCUUAAUGCAAUCUUCAUAUGUAUCCAAAUGCUGCUACUUGUUUACAACCAAGGAAAGCUUUUAAAAGGGUGCCACCAAACUAUUUGUUUACACUAAAAUUGUUUGGAAAAUAUCAAUGUGUUGCAUAGAAUGUUGGGUUUUGGGUUGAGAUUGAAUUUUUAACUGAUCCCAAAUUUGGAAUAUCUUUUUCCUGCUUUGAGGGGAAGAACAGUUAUAGCAGGGAAAAGCUGGACCACAAGAUUCACUGCCUGCUGUUUCAAAUCUGCCCACCAUCUCCAGAAUCCUGCUACAUGACCAAUGCACUGAAAGUAGUGGAAUAGUUCAAAAUGCCUUGUGUCCUCUGUAGUCUGUCCUGAUUUUCUCUCAGGUUUAGUUGUAUACUUGGCUGAAGCUAUAGGAAAUUACUGUCAACAAAUCUGGUGUCUGACUUCAGAUCCAUAUUCCUCAUGCAUAUUUUUUUUUUAAACUAAAAUUGUACACUUUUAAUGCAGCUGUCAGUGUUGUGUGCUCUCACAUUAACCGUGAGCAAAUCUUAAGUAUUUUGCUUUGAAAGCUGAUGCAUACCUCAGGAUUCUUUUACUGUUUGUUGCUUGCUUAACAUAUACUGUCAAAUUACAGCUAACAGUGAAUUUUGCACUAGGUAUUCAUAAGUAUUGGCUGAGUUUGUUACCCCAAGUCUCUUCAAACAAGAUACAUAUUUCUGCCAAAGUUUAAGAAGGAUUAGGCAAUGACACUUGCUGUUGCACACUGUUGUGUAGUUGACUAAAAUGGAAAAAGUAAGAGCUCUAAUAAAAUCCAUGUACUCAAAAAUACAAGUUUCAGUAAAAAAAGUUCUCUAGCAAAUCUGCAUUUUAACAUUGUAACCAAUACAAUAAAAAGCUACUAAAAAAGUG